AUGAAGGAUGAUUCUCUCUACUGCAAGGACCAUUUUUACAAGCGAUUCGGCACGAAAUGUACGCAAUGUGGGGACGGUAUCACUCCGAACUCGGCAGUGAGGAAAGCCUCAGGUCACAUCUACCAUGUCGCAUGUUUCCAAUGUGUCGUUUGUAAAAGGGAGCUGAAAACUGGAGAGGAAUUUUAUCUCAUUCCGAAUGACGGUCGACUUGUAUGCAAGAAUGACUACGAGCUAGCCAGAGAU